AUGGUAAUGGUGGGUCCCCGCGCCCAUCCUCACGCCUUCCUCAACCACCACGCCUUCCGCAAUACCGCCCACGCCCUCUACCUCGCUCCUCAACUCGAUAUCCUCCAGUCCCGCGCCCCCACGACACUCCAGGGUUCGAUGCUCUGUGGGGAUGUGGAGGUGUACUGGCGCUGUCUGUAUUGUAACCAAGGCAAGCCUGAUGUCUUCCUCCUCGAUCUCUGGAAGUUACACUCUCCCUACCACGCCCACCAUGUCUUAUUCCCUGACCAGUUCGAGAAUUUCCACGGCCACAAGUUCAGAAUCGUUUCCAUGGACUGGUUCCCUUUCUUGGGCUUCACUCGAGACUCUAACGCCUCUGCCACCACGGUCACCCUUACCGACUCCCUGGAUUACCGCAUGCUGACCGCUAUCUCCAGGGUCCUCAACUUUACGUAUGAGGUGCGUACGCCAUGGGACGACCAGUGGGGAGUGUCUCAGGCAGAUGGUAACUGGACGGGCACUGUGGGUACCCUCCAGCACCACCAGGCAGACUUCUCCAUGUUACUCUCCUGGCUACACUCCCGCAUGGCCGCCGUCGACUACUCACGGGUGUACGUGUCCGAGCCCCUGGUCAUCGUCACCUCUAAAUCUGGACCUCUGCCGCAGAUCUUUGCCCUCGUCAGGCCCUUCCCAAGCGUGUUGUGGGCGGCCAUCCUGAUACUAAGCAUGGUGGUGGGCCUGACCAUGUGGGCGCUGCAGAGGGCGUGGGCGUGGAUUUCUGGAGGGCAGGAAAUGAGGGUCAGCUCUGCUCUCAUGAUGUCGUGGGGCAUACUGUUGGAGGAUCCCCCAAAUGUACUGCCUGCCAACGUCACUAGUCAGGUGCUGGUGGGGUGGUGGUGGGUGUUCUGCAUGUUGAUCACAGCAACCUACCGCUCCUCGUUGAUCGCCCACCUCUCUGUACCCGACAAGUCUCCCACUAUCGACACUUUGGAUCAGUUGCUGGAGGAGGACGGGUGGACAUGGGGUAUGGAGCCCACGUAUGGUGUGGGUUGGCAGUGGUUCAAGGAGAGCUCCGUGCCCACUGUCCAAAAAGUCAACCAACGGAUUGAAGUGUUGGAUGCUGAGGAACACCUGGCGCUUGUCCUGCAGGGCCGCCACGCCUUCCUUACCUGGAAAUACUACAUUCGAACCAUCAUCGCUUCUAGCUACACCAAUGCCCGCGGCUAUACGCCCACGUACACCGGGCGCUCAGAGUACAUCAAUUACGGCGGCUACGGCUGGGGAUUCAGGAAGGGCGCGCCGUUCCGCGAACGUAUUGACGCAGUGAAACAACGCCUGCUGCAGGGCGGUCUCAUUAACUACUGGAUGAACGAACUGAUCCUCACGUCGUCUAGGGAGGCACGAAAGAACAACUCCAUGGAGGACACAGCAGCUCAGGUGUCUGAGCGGGUGGUGUUAGGGCUCGGCCAGCUGCAGGGAGCCUUUUACUUACUGAUACUAGGUUAUGUCGCCGCCGCCUUCACCCUACUCGCUGAAACGAUAACCAACAAGUUCUUCCGUAAUGCAGGACAGUUCCCUAACACCUCUUUACUGCCGCCCUUAAGAAGGUAGUUGUGAAGCACACACACAAGUUACUUCACAGUGUUCAGUUUGGAAAUUAAACUCUUUAUUCACUGCUGCCCUAUCAUGCCAAAAUACUGUAGAUAUAAACAAAUCCUUCACUACCUUCAUUAUUAUUUGUUGAGAAUUAUCAACAAAACUUUGUUCUGGUCUUGAUUAUCGAGACAACCUUGAACUUCUGCAGAUUGUUAGAAAUUAAGGAUCUUUUUCUUUACCUUGUUUAAAAAUACAUGAAAACUGUUCAGUCGUAUUUGUUAAGAAAAAACUUGUGUAAUCAUAAAAGCCUUGUUCUGUCACUUUCAUUUAAAGAUUAAUGGUGAAGACAAGAUAUCUUAACUUCUAUUACUUAUCAAGUACAAUAGUACAAGAACGGGGUUUUCUCUGUUAUUAGUUUAUAAACAAAUUUGGUGCCAUAACCUCCGUCUAUAAAUGCAUAUAUGAAAAAUAGAAAUACAAUCAUUUUGCUUCAAAGUCAUCUAAAACAAGUGCCUAACAGCAAGUUUACAUCCUCUAAAGAUAGUUUUGGGCAGUUAAGAUCAGACCAAUUAAGGAUUUUCAGCAGAAAAUUAUAAUUAAGUAAUGAUAAAUAAUAAUGCAUCCACAGUUUGUAUUCAUACCCUGAAAGUGUAGUGAAUAUGUACAGGUCGAGACACUUGGUUAUAUGACUGCUCGAAUACACAAACUAACCUACCACAUACUUUCAAAUUAAUUGUCAUCGAAUGAGGCGGCUAGAUUUGGAUGGUUUAUCUGGUCAUUAUUUUCUAGUGUUAUUGGAGUCCUUCAUACAAUAUUUAGAAUCCUGGUUUCCCCGUCAUUUGCACUUGCAACUUCCCAUUGGCUCGAUCUCAAUAAACUUUUAAAAUAACAUGCGCCUAUUUGUUCACAUGGAAUGUUCUUAUUAACUACCUCUAACCACUUCUGGCUUCAGCUUUAUCUUUUCA